UCUGGCGCUGCUGCGUACAUUUAUCUGUAAGUGAACUGCUGGGGAAGGGAUUAGAGACGCUGCCUGCUGCCGCGGGACGCAGCUGAGCAAUUGCUGAUUUGCUUUAACUUGUAAAAUACCCAGCUUGCUUUAUUUUCUCAGAAUCAUUGUGUUGCUAAGCCUGGGGACGCUGUUUUCUUUUACAAAGGGAAAUCUAAGUUCAUUUCAAGGCAUUCGGAAUGGGGAAAGACUAUUAUUGCAUUUUGGGAAUUGAAAAAGGAGCUACAGAUGAAGAUAUUAAAAAAGCUUACCGAAAACAAGCCCUCAAAUUUCAUCCGGACAAGAACAAAUCUCCUCAAGCAGAGGAAAAAUUUAAAGAGGUCGCAGAGGCGUAUGAAGUACUGAGUGACCCUAAAAAGAGAGAGAUAUAUGACCAGUUUGGGGAAGAAGGCUUGAAAGGAGGAGCAGGAGGGACCGAUGGGCAAGGAGGGACCUUCAGGUACACCUUCCAUGGAGAUCCCCAUGCCACAUUUGCAGCCUUCUUCGGAGGUUCCAACCCCUUUGAAAUUUUCUUCGGAAGACGGAUGGGUGGAGGUCGGGAUUCUGAAGAAAUGGAGAUAGAUGGAGAUCCCUUUAGUGCCUUUGGGUUCAGCAUGAAUGGAUAUCCAAGGGACCGGAAUUCCGUGGGACCCUCCCGUCUCAAACAAGACCCUCCCAUCAUUCAUGAACUUAGAGUAUCGCUUGAAGAAGUGUAUAGUGGCUGCACCAAACGGAUGAAGAUUUCUCGAAAAAGAUUAAACCCCGAUGGGAGGAGCUACAGAUCUGAGGACAAAAUUCUCACCAUUGAGAUUAAGAAAGGGUGGAAAGAAGGCACCAAGAUUACCUUUCCGAGGGAAGGCGACGAAACACCAAAUAGCAUCCCAGCAGACAUUGUUUUUAUUAUUAAAGACAAAGAGCACCCCAAAUUUAAAAGAGAUGGAUCGAAUAUAGUUUAUACAGCUAAAAUUAGUUUACGGGAGGCAUUGUGUGGCUGCUCAAUUAAUGUGCCAACGAUGGAUGGAAGAAACAUACCUAUGUCGAUCAGUGAUAUUGUGAAACCUGGGAUGAGAAGAAGAAUUAUUGGAUAUGGGCUGCCGUUCCCAAAAAACCCCGACCAACGUGGUGACCUACUGGUAGAAUUUGAUGUGUCCUUCCCAGACGUCAUAUCUGCAUCAUCCAAAGAGAUCCUUAGGAAGCAUCUUCCUGCCUCAUAGAAUGAGAAGACCCUUGUUACCCAUAUUUUGAUAAGACACUAAAAAUAUAAAAGUACUGGCAGUUGACUGAUGUGAAUUCUGUAUAAAGAUGUGUAAACUCUUUUGAGGGCUCAUUAAAUUGCAUGAAUAGACACGGGUCAAAUAG